GGAUCCUUUCCUUCCUCCAGGGUUAGAAAAGAACUUCUUCACUUCUCUCCACAAGGAAAUAUGCAGCAAUAACAACAUGUCAUGUUUACGUCUUCUGCAUUACCCACCCGUGCCAGACAACAUCCCUGAGAACACCAUCCGUUGUGGUGCACAUACUGACUACGGCACCAUUACCCUUCUUUUCCAGGACCAUCUUGGUGGCCUCCAGGUUCAUGAUCGGAACGGGGACUGGGUUGAGGCUACCCCUAUCCCUGACACUAUCCUCAUCAACGUGGGUGAUCUUCUCCAAUUCUGGACUGCUGACAAGUUCAUUGCUACGGAGCACCGAGUAGUGAUUCCCAGAGAGGAGCGCCUCCAGAAGACACCACGUCGAUCCGUUGUUUUCUUCGUCCACCCAGACAACUCCGUCCUCAUCACACCUCUUGACGGCUCUUCCACCUACCAGCCCAUCUCUGCCGCCGCCCACACUCUCAACAGAUUCAAAAGCACCUAUAAUUACUAACAAAAAAUAACCCUCUGUACAACUGAAGAGCCUGAUUCCUCUGUGCUAUUGACGAAGAUGACUUCCUUGUUCGGCUUACUGAAGGUGACCUCUGUUCUACUGCCUAGGGACACACGCAGCCAUAUCACGUAUAAGUCAUAAUCAGGCAUAAAAUUAUAGAUUAGGUAAGAUACGUCAGAAACAAGACAACAAGACAAUUGUUUAUUAUUUUUCUUCUAAAAGAAGCUUACGAAAGGAAUUAGCGAAAAAGCUUGAAAAAAGUAUGGCAGUAAGAAUAGGAACUAGGAGAUUCAUUAUCCAUCAUAAUAAAAUGUAUCAAGUUAAACAUAUCUAUGGAGAAAGUAACAAGGUCAGUAGAUUGCAAGAUGUUGUUACUGCUAGGCUAAGGCUAGGUUUUAAGUAUAUCUGUCACUACAGCUUGUAUGGAGAUGUCAAUGAUAUACCAUGCAAAGUGUGUAGACCGAGACAGGGCCAUACAGUGGAACACUUUAUAUAUUAGUGUGUCCAAACAUCCAACCUUUCAGAGGCACCUCCAUGCAAACCCUACAGGAUAUGGCGAAACCCCUCACUGUUAAUAAUAAGAUAUCUGAAACCUGGAGGGUGUAUCCACAUUUUGCAGUGAUUUGAUGAACAAAUUAUAGAGAUUGUGUUUCGUAACAAUUGCAACCCAGUUUUGACCAUUUUUUUUUGUGGUAACAAGGAUUUUUUUUUCAUUUUGUAUUCCUUACUGUGUUUAACAUAUAUUUGAGGUAACUGAAUAACUGUAAUUUUUUAGUGAUAAUAAGGCAUAAAUUUUUUGAGAUUGUAUUCCUUACUGUAUUGUGUACAACAAUUAUAUGAAGUAAUUGUGAAAUAUGACUAACGUUUCUUUAUAGUGGUAUAACAAUGCUUAAUGAGGUCUGACAAAGACCCUUUGUGACCUUUGUAAUUUUUUUUUACGCUGCCGCUCACAGGAUGAGCAAUGGAUGCACAAUAAAACAAGCCGCUCAAGCGGCGCAUCUAACUGAA